GGAAGAGGAAGUGGGGGAAAUCGUUUCCGAGAUCCGUCUACCCAACUCCCGCGAACGAAUUUGGCUGGGCUCUUACGACUCAGCGGAGAAGCCCGCGAGGACCUUUGACGUUGCUCUGUCCCGCCUCUGCCAGCUUUAAUUUCCUGGACAUUCCGCCGGAAGUUGCUCACUCCUUGCGAAAUUCAAGCCAAAGCUGCCCGGUACGCGAAUUGACUCGGGUGUUUCCUUUCCCCUGCCUCAAAGAGAUGACAGAGAAAAAUUAAUAAGGGUUGUGGUGGCCCGAACCCGAAAAAAGAAAAGAAAAAAGAGCAAACUUUUUCUGGGUGGGUAGCAUUAUUGACUUUCUUUACCCUCUGUUUUCACUACUUUCCUGCCAAUUUCCAGUUCCACAAGAUCAAAGGUUGUCCUCUUGCUUAGACCCCUAAUCAACGAAACUUUACUCUCUCUCUCUCUCUCUCCCCGUUUCACGUUUUUUAUGUCAUGUAUCUUAUCAAGUCUCAACCCCUAAUCAACAAAACUUUACUCUCCAUUUCAUGUUUUCUAUGUCGUGUAUCUUAUCAAGUCCCAAUUCUUAAUUGACGAAACUUUUCUCUCUCUCGUACUCCAUUUCAUUUUGCACCUAGUUUCACACUCCAAUUUAAAACUCCAUCUUCCGAUCAAAAACAUUUCCAAAAAACAACCCAAAAAUGAAAGCCUCCUCUUGUCCAAAUCUCAACCGCGAGACCACCUCCUUCCCCAAUUUCUUCACCUUAUUCCAAGACCCAGACUGCCACGACAAAAACACCACAACCCUCAACAAGCGCCCAAAGAUUGAUCGCGGCGACGACACCGAAGCAACCCUCAACAAGCGCCCAAAGAUUGAUCGCGGCGACGACACCGAAGGCUCCGAAGCGUCGCCGUUCAAAGACAUCCUCUCCUCCUUCGUCUCGUUUGACGAAAUGAACGAGCCCGGAUAUCUUCCCGAUUGUUGGGAUCAGGAGGACGACCAAACACUAGCCAAAUGGCCUCCGAGUCCAAACGGGUCGGAAUCUAACGCUUCCGUCGGGUCAAACCAAUUCAACCCCGCGUCCCCGGGGAUCCAUCGCGACGCUUCCAAAAUGAGCGAAUCCACGUUCGACUUCUUCCUCAACGAACUCGAGCCGCCUCGCUUUGAGCAUGCAUUGGGGUCCUUAUCAACCUCACCAGUAGUUGAUCCUCUAUACCACGAACAUUACAGCCGGAGUUCAUUCAAGAGAUUUAGCAGCUCGGCUUUAGGCCCCCCUUCAACCAUGAAUUUGGUUAGAAAGCCAAACAACCAGGAAAGAGCGAUCACGUUCUUUAGAAACUUGAAUUUGGUGACGAAUCAAGAACGAGCGCAACGAAGCCGACCCAUGUCAAGCACUCAGUUGCACCACAUGAUAUCUUGGAGAAACAGGAGAGAGAAGCUUAUUAAGAGCUUUCAAGCACUGCAAUCACUUCUUCCUCUGGGAACAAAGAAAGAUGAGGCAUCUGUGCUUGCUACCACAACGGACUACUUAGCUUCUUUAAAAGCACAAGUUGAAGAGCUUACUAAAACAAGUAGAGAUUUGGAAGAGAAAGUACAACUUCUGGCUACAAAAAAAGAAGCAGCAGAUGAUCAUGAUCAUCAAGAAGUGAUCAGUCUCUUCCCAGAUCAAAGGCUAGAUGUCCGGAUCACACACGAAGCAGAAUCAACAUCACAAGCCCGAGUGAUCGGGCUGCAAGUGGUUUUGAGAGGAGAAUGCAAUGUGAUGGAUUCGGUGACGAGAAUACUGGAGUUUAUGAGACAAGUUGAAAACGCGAGCUUAUUGUCCGUGGAAGUAGAUGCCCCAGUGGUAGAUUCAAUUAAUCCUAUCGAUAUUGUGAGGUUGAGAUUGAGAAUUGAGGUUAACUUCAAAAUGGAGGCGAGGAACAUGUUCCCGGACGAUUUCUCUCAACAAUUAGCACCACCAAUAGAGCUCCCACGUCUGACGGACCAACCCCGGCCUUCAUCAUCUUCAACCUCGUUACUCAGUCCUCUGUACCAAGCCAAACAAGCAUUUACCCAAAUCCCCAGUACUUCUCAAUUUCCUUCACUUGAAACCAAAGAAGCAAUAAUGACAGGAGCCGGCACAAGCCAAAAGCCAAGUGCAUUCAAGAGAUUUAAACCUGCUUUGGGCCCUUCAAUCAUGAACAUUACAGCUGGAGCUAGAAAGCCGAAUGCCCAGAAACGAGCAAUCACAUUCUUUAGAUUCUUGAGUUUGACCAGAAUCCAAGGACAAAAGCAAGGAAGCCGAGCCAUGUCAAGAACUCGAUUGCACCACAUGAUAUCUGAGAGAACAAGGGCACAGAAACUUUUCGACAGCUUUCAGGCAUUGAAAUCACUUCUUCCUCCGGGAACAAAGAAAGAUAAGGUGUCUCUGCUUGCUAGCACAACGGACUACUUAGUUUCUUUGAAAGCACAAGUUGAUGAGCUUGAUAAGAGAGCUAAACAUUUGGAAGAAAAAGUACAACUUUUGACUACGAAAGAAGAUGCAAAUGAUCACCAAGAGGAGAGUCUCUCCCCAAAUCAAAGGCUAGAUGUUCGGAUCACAGAAGAAGCACAAGCCCUUAUAAUCCGACUACUUAGCCAAACAAUCCUUCACCCAAAUCCCCACUUUUAAAUUUCCUUCAGUCCAAACCAAAGAAACAACAACGAUAGAUCAUAGAAGCUAGCUGGCACAAGCCAAAAGCCAAGUUCAUUCAAGAGAUUUGGAUCAGCUGGAGUUAGAAAGCCAAAUAUCAAGAAACUAGCAAUCACGUACAUUCUAAUUAUGUGUGUAAGCUCUCUAAGGCUCUUUAUGGACUGAGACAAGCUCCACGGGCUUGGUAUGCUAUGUUUUCCAGCUACCUAGUUGAGCUAGGCUUCUGUUCCAGUAAGGCAGAUACUUCUCUUUUCAUCUUGUUUCAAGGCAGUCACAUUACUAUUGUGUUAGUUUAUGUGGAUGAUAUAGUAAUUACAGGUAGUGAUUCCAAUUACAUCAUUGGUCUCAUAAGUCUUCUCAGCAAAAAGUUUGUCAUGAAAGACUUAGGUUCUCUCAAUUACUUUCUGGGUCUUGAAGUGCAUUCUACUUCUUCUGGUUUGUUUGUAUCUCAAGCCAAAUAUGCAACUGAGCUCUUACAUAAAGCUGGGAUGGUUGACUGCAAGCCUAGUGAUUCACCUACUUCUGUCAAACCUGGUUUGCCUAAUCCUGAUUCUCUAUUUGUUGAUGUCCAUUUAUAUCGAACUCUUGUGGGGUCUUUACAGUACUUGACCUUAACUAGACCAGAAAUUUCUUAUUCUGUGAAUGUUGCUUGUCAGCAUAUGCAUUCCCCAAAGUUGAGUGAUUUUAUAGCUGUCGAAAGGAUCCUAAGGUACAUAAAAGGUACAGUGAAUCAGGGCCUGCACUUUGUUUCCGGUCCUUUAUCUCUUACAGCCUAUGCUGAUGCUGACUGGGCAGGAGAUCCUAUUGACAGGAGGUCCACUACUGGUUUUGGUGUGUUCAUGGGAUCUAAUCUUGUGUCUUGGUGUGCCAAGAAAUAGCACACCGUAGCUCGAUCAUCCACUAAAGCCAAGUAUAGGGCCAUGGCACAAACCGCUAAUGAUCUGAUUUGGUUGAUUCAGUUGUUUUCUGAACUGCAUAUACCUUUGUCUUCUCCUCCUGUCUUGUUUUGUGACAACAAAUCUGCUAUGGCAUUGGCUUCUAAUCCUGUGUUUCAUGCCAGGACAAAGCACAUAGAGAUUGAUUACCAUUUUAUCCGUGAACAAGUGCUCCAUAAACAUAUUAAUUUGUCUCAUGUUUGUUCUGAGGCUCAAAUAGCAGAUAUCUUUACAAAGCCCCUCUCUGUUUCUAGAUUUCAAGUUCACAAGUCCAAUCUCAUGGUAGGUGAUCCUCCCAUGAGCUUGCAGGGGGGUGUAAAGGGUUCUGAACUCAGCUCAGCUGCUGCUACUUCAAGCUCAAUUGACUCCAUCAUAGACUCUACCUCAGCUUCUGAGCCAAGGCUCAGCUUCACUACUGAUGUAUCAGCUCACGUGGUUCCCACUCAAGUUCCGCUUUCCACGUCAGCGUGUUAGUGGAAAAUUAGUUAGAGUUUGUUGUGUUUAGUGGUGGUUUAGUGAAUGUAAUUAGCUAUUAAUCAAGAUCUAUAAAUGCUGAAGGUCUGAUCAGUUGUAAGACACAAUUCAAAAUGAAAUGAAAGAUUCUCUUCUCUCUCUC